AUCAACAAGAUGCGCACAGAGCUUGAGAUCCCCUUACAUAAUUUAAGGUCAUGAAUUUUGCCGGCAAAGUCGUUCUAAUUACGGGAGCAAGCUCCGGAAUCGGUGCUGCCACCGCCGUAAAGUUCGCCAAGUAUGGAGCUUGUCUGGCCCUGAAUGGCCGCAAUGCGGAGAACCUGAAGAAGGUGGCCGAGGAGUGCCUCAAAGUGGGCCAAUCCCAGCCAGCACUGGUGGUGGGCGAUAUCGCCAAGGAGGCGGAUACUCAGAGGAUCUGGACGGAGACCCUCGCGAAGUACGGCAAGCUGGAUGUGCUGAUCAACAAUGCCGGGAUUAUCGAGACGGGAACCAUUGAGACCACCAGUUUGGAGCAGUUCGAUCGCGUAAUGAACACGAACUUGCGAGCGAUCUACCACCUGACCAUGCUGGCCACUCCAGAGUUGGUCAAGAGCAAGGGGAACAUCGUGAAUGUAUCAAGCGUCAACGGAAUUCGCUCCUUCCCCGGCGUGCUGGCCUACAACAUAUCUAAAAUGGGCGUGGAUCAGUUUACCCGCUGCGUGGCCCUGGAGUUGGCCUCCAAAGGAGUUCGGGUGAACUGUGUGAAUCCCGGCGUCACAGUGACCAACCUGCACGCUCGAGGCGGUAUGGAUCCCGAGACGUACAAGAAGUUCCUGGAGCACUCAAAGACCACCCAUGCCCUGGGCCGUCCCGGGGAUGUCAAGGAGGUGGCUGCUGCCAUCGCCUUCCUGGCCAGUGACUUGGCCAGCUUCAGCACUGGAGUUAGCUUGCCCGUGGACGGAGGUCGCCAUGCCAUGUGCCCCCGCUGAAUUCGGAGGAUAUGGCCGGCGAAACCUUCACAUUCGGAACGUUUAGACUUUCCUGCAUGGAGUACUCCAUGUGUUAAAUGCAUUUAUCGCCCUGUUUACUAUUGUUAUUCGUUUUUUUGUUUAUGUACAUACAUAUAACUGGUUCUCAUUCUGUUAAGAAAAAUCACUUUUACCAAAAAAUUAGUAAAAUUAAACCAAGCAGUUAAUGCAUCUUUACAUAGAUUUGAAUGUAUACAAAAAUUUGUAAAUUGGCCCUUUUUAUUUCAAUUGCUGCCUUUGCUAUUCAUUCUUUUUUGUUUUUUAAUAAUAAAUAAAUUAACAAUA